CUUUGGCGCACAGGACGAAUCCGAAGCUUUUAUUGGCUUCUGUACUACGUACACGCUCUGACCCGAGGAAUCCCCCUUAGAGUAGAAUUUUGAAGAUGAACUUGUCCUACUUGAUAGCUUGUGGACUUAUGGUCACGCUGCUUUCGGGGAGGAUGCGCGCAAAACCUUUAUCUGAGGCGCAGCAGAAGUCUCUCCGAAGUUUGCUGGGGGACGAUCUGACGGACCUUCUGGAGUCAGAGGAGCGGGACAGGCGGGUAGAUGCUGUGCGCGCUCGGAUGCGCUUAUUGCGAGAUUUACGCAUGGACACCCGGAGAGGGAUGUGGGCUCGGCUGCUCAACGACCAGCCCACACCGAGGAGGCACAAACCUGGAAGCAAGAAGGGCGGCUCCACUGCGCGGAGUGGCUGUUUCGGACAUAAGAUGGAUAGGAUAGGGACCGUCAGUGGUAUGGGCUGCUAGUAUUGGAUCACAUCUUUUUGACGAUCUCUGUAGGAUGGGUAUAGAAAUAUUCAUUUUGUUUCCAUCCGAAGGGGAAAAAAAAAAUCAACAAGUGUCAGAUUUUCGGUACGAAAGUCAUCAUGACCUGCAUUAAACGAGACUGAGAUGACAACGCUACAAAAGCCUCAAAUAAAUAUAUCUAAAAAUAUGCAGGUAUACUGUAUAUGGAGAUAUAUACCAUACAAAACUUUCAGGCAAUGGCGUAAAAACUACAAACCGCAAAGCUGUAUAUUGUUGCUGCUGUACAUUCAUGUACUUCAUCUUCCCCCUGCAAAAAUGUAUUUAUGUUAAAGACUAUUUAUAUGUUUAUAAAAAAGAGAUAUUUAUAAAUGACUUUUAUUUAUGUAACAUUUUGAAAAAGGAUUGCAAACUGCAGGUCAAUUCUGUUUGUAACUUUUUCUUCUGUCUCAAAUAGUUGUAAAUGUUUCCAAAAAUGAUAAAAAGAA